CUCACUCUAAUUGUCGCCACCACAGCCAAAAAUGGCAUCGGCAAAAAUGGAACUCUGCCUUGGCCAAUGCUGAAGAAGGAAAUGGCCUACUUCGCUCGCGUCACCAAGCGCGUCCCUGGAGCAGCUUCCAUGCCCGACACCUCCAUGCUCGCCGAGACUUCGUCACAACUCUCUGAUUCUUCUGAAGUUGCAGCAUCAGCAAACAUCCAACCACCCCAAAAUGUCGUCGUCAUGGGUCGCAAGACCUGGGAAAGCAUUCCACCUAAAUUCCGACCUUUACCGCAGAGAACCAAUGUAGUCAUCUCGAGAUCGGAGAAACUUGAGGGCGUUGGUGAAGAUGUUGUUGUGGGUGAUAGUAUCUCGUCUGCUCUUUCUACCCUCACUGCAAAGGCCAAGGAAGGUCAGGCGGCGCCUUUGGGUCGUGUCUUUGUUAUCGGCGGAGGUGCUAUCUACAAGCAAGCCUUGGAGAUGGAGCAAGCAAAGAGUAUUUUGCUCACUAGAGUCGAAGGCGAGUGGGACUGUGACACAGACUUCCCUAUCGAUGUCGACGCCGAACAAGGCUGGACAAGACGGCAGAAGGGAGACUUGGACGAGUUCGCCGGUGAAGAUGUGCAAGAGGUCCAGGAGGAGGAGGUCAAGGGCGACAAGGUCAAAUACGAGUUUAGACUUUACGAGCGG